AAGUCUACGUGGGUCCCUGGGGUCCGAAAUAGAAUGAGAAAGAGCGGAAAAGAGUGAGACCCCACCUUACCACGACACCACCUUGCCUUUAAGCUUUAGUAACUCCUAUGAACGACGAAUUACUCGAAUCUACUCCACCUUCAUUCUUCUUCACCGCCACAUAAUAUCCCCACCCCUCUUUCCAUUUUUUCCCUUUCUUUUAUUCUUAUUUAUUAUUCAUUUUUAUUUAUCAUCACAGUUUUAUCAAAAAAUUAUAUAAAACCUAUCCUCUACUCUACCCUCUCUUCGUCCUUUUCAUUUUCACCCAACACAAUCGCCACCACUACCAUUUUCUCUCUGUCACACACUCUCACAACAGAUUCUUCUUUCUCUUACAUGACUGUUAUUCACCAACGCCAACCCAAGAGAUGAUGGUCAACGACGACUGGUCCAGAGCGGCCAUGAAAGACGACUCGAUUCUCGUCGAGUUUCUCAUACAGCUAAAACACGGCGUUAUCACUAAAUCUCAACCCGUGCCGUUUACUUGGGGAAACAAACAACCACGCUCAAGAUCGAGGCUAACCGCUUCCGUCUCUCGCUGCGACCGCGCUUUUUCAACCAGAUGCAGUCCAACAACACCGCUCUCUUGGAGUGGUGGCGCUUCUCCGUCUCUCACUGCUGAUGGUUACGAAGAUUCCAGCCGCUACCAAAACCACCACGCCGUCAGAUCCAAGGCUACUGCUACAAGUGGAUACACAAGCAACUCCGCCUCUACCAAAAGGGGCAGAAAGAAAAAGUCUUUUGCAGAGUUGAAGGAAGAGGAGAGCUCCCUGAUAAAAGAAAAGAUCUAUUUAGAAAGGGAGAUUGCCACUAAAAAUGCAAAUUUUGAGGUAAUGAGAACUACAAAUGAGAGUUUGAAGAGGAUGAAGCUUGGUUUUGGAUCAAAAUCUCAUACCAAGCCAAGUUCAACUUCUGUUGAACUGCGCGGUACGGUUGCUGGUCAACCCCACCAGAGAAUAGUAUCCUCUGAGAUCCAUGACACUCGAGACAAUACUCAUCCACAAGCAUCAGAAUCUAGGUCAAACAGGAUUGAGUCAACCGUGGAAAGUUUUUUCAUGAUACCAGAUCUAAAUAUGAUGCCAUCUGAUGAUGGUAUGAGUUGAAAGCAGGACUCUUGGAACAAUAUUACGCCAAAGUGAAAUUGGUGAAACCACUUCCAACAAUGUACAGGCUUAUUAAACAGGCCAAUUCAGAGCAUUUUAAAGACUCCGUCUAAUAGAAACCGAUGGAUACUAUUGUGGAUGUGAAACUUUUCUCGAUGCAAUGCAUCUUACCAAUUCUUGUGACGGGGAACAAAUGGCAGCGGUGAAGGGGAAAAUUUUCAUGGCUAGGUAAAAGGCUGUAGAGUAGUGAUAUAUACUAGAGUCACAGGUUCUUGGGAUUCAUGAUGUAUGAUAAGUACCAAUGUACCAUUCUUUGGUUGGUUAAUUCUCUUGGAUUGCUUUAUAAUGUCUUUUAAGUUUAUUUACCAAUUGCAAUAAUGAUGGGUUCCACCUUCACUCUACAA